UGGUACAGAAACGAUAGAAUAUAGUUUUUAUAUAAAAAAAAACAAAUUAAAAUGUGCAUAGUAUGUUGUGCAGAAUGAUCAGUACUGAUUGUAAUUCUACAGUGAAGUUGAUUUGUUGAUUUUCCCCAAAUUGGGAGGGUGCAUAACGGAGAUCGAGCAGUAAUCAUCAGCAAGGAGAAAAAUCCCUCCCCCAAAAUCAAGCCCUAGCAGUCAAAAUCACAGACAGCAGGAAACAAAGAAAUCUAUUUGGAUAUUCCUGUAUUUCCUGGUUGGGUUUGUGCGAGUUCGAUGCAGGAGGCGAAGAAGAAGAAGAAGAAUUUCCGGAAGAGCGGUGCUCCCAUUCAACAACAGGACGAAUCACAUGGGGAGGGAGAAGACACUAUCGUCAAAUCAGACGACGAACAAGAAAGGAGGAUGGUUUUGGAGGAGGUGAAAUUCCUGCAAAAACAGCGGGAGAGAAAGUCCGGGAUCCCUGCAGUUUCUUCCAAUGCAUCGUCUUCAUCGUCACAAACAACAGGCGGUGUAGGUGCCGGGUUUGGGCUUGGCUUUGCGAAAGUCGGUAAUAAUCAUGGCGCCGCUGCUAAGACCGACGCGGGCGGUGCCACUGAUGCCGAGAAGGAAGACCUGGUUCUCCACGACAAUUUCGCCCAGGAAACUGCUGUCAUGGUCGAAGAUCCCAAUAUGGUCAAGUAUGUUGAACAAGAAUUGGCCAAGAAAAGGGGCAGGACGAUUGAUUCCACAGACCAAGCUGAGAACGACCUAAAGCGUGCUGAAGAUGAAUUGUACAAGAUUCCUGACCAUCUUAAGGUGAAGAGACGAAACUCAGAAGAAAGCUCUACUCAGUGGACCACUGGAAUUGCCGAGAUUCAGCUUCCUAUCGAAUACAAGUUGAGAAAUAUUGAGGAAACAGAGGCUGCUAAAAAGCUUCUACAAGAGAAGAGGCUCAUGGGUAGGACAAAGUCAGAAUUUACCAUCCCCGCAAGUUACAGUGCUGAUUAUUUUCAACGUGGCAGGGAUUAUGCAGAAAAACUUAGAAGAGAACAUCCGGAGCUGUACAAAGACAGAAGUUUACCAGAUGAUGGCGCUGGUUCCAAACAAAAUGAGACCACUACGGAUGGAGCGGUACAGAGGCAAGCUGCAACUGAUGAGUUCAUGCUAGAUCGCUUCCGUAAACGAGAACGCCACCGUGUGAUGCGGAGAUAAUUUGCAAGCACUUGGUUGUUGCUGCAAUGCCUGCCACAUUUAACUUUCAAGAAUGGUUUUUGUACCGGUUUGUCCUAUGAUCUGUCAUUGAUCUACAUUGCAGCUCCCGGCUGUUAAUGCGUAACACAAGUCAUGUUGCUGCAGAAGUUGUUUUUGCCUUUAAUUUUUGGUGUACCCUAUUCGAGUUGAUUUGCGUAACUUUAUAAUGCCGUAGACAA